AUGUUUCCAACUACCUCGCUAGCUUCCAGGGAGGAGAGGCGGUCUCAGUACUCAAUUAAUGACCCCCAAAUCCCGAUAUCUCCAGUCUCGUCAUUGUUAAUGAGAGGGAGCUAUGAAUAG